AUGUCAUUCUUUGGCUUCACGAAUCCUUCGGCCACGAACAAGCACUUCCUCGAUGUACCGCCCGCGCCAUCUCGCAAGGUGAGCCAGAGGCUGAUGAAGCCGGCCACACGCGUCGAAAUGGAGGAGUUCCUCUCCUCCGAGGCCGACGACCUCGAGCUUUCCUUCGCCUCUACCAUGUCGCUCAAUUCGCCGCCGCGCGACCACCUCGACCUCGACCUGGAGAGCGAGCGCGAGAACCCGGACUAUGCGCCCAUGGACAUUUCUCCCGCGCCCCCGACGCGCAUGCAAGCUCCAAGCACCAGGAGCCACAACGAGUCCGUCGAGAAGACGCGUGCCUUCGUCGGUCGUCCGCGCGCGAUGACGACCAACGCCAGGCUUUUCGGUAGGGAUGUGAGCAACAACUCCAGCGGCAACGGUUCCGUCAGCAGCCUGCAGUCUGUGGCCAAGUCCACUGGGACUAACAACGCGGCCAAACGUCUCCAACGAGCUGCUCUUCCGUUCGAGUGGAUGGCCACGAGCAGUCAAAACGCGAAUGUCGCGCCGGAGCCUCAGAACAUUCCAUCGUCCCCCGCGGCGUCCGACGCGAUGGACGUCGAUUCGUCAUUCAUCUACGUCCCGUCGCCGUCGGUGCCCAGCGACUGCCCGCGUUCCGCCGUGCCGACGAUCACCGCGUUCGACGUCAACAACAACCCGCUCGCGGGGCCGACGUCCGCUGCACCGACGAUCACGACUUUUGAGGACUACUUCUCGCAUGUGGCCGCGGUCAACUUCGAUGGCUUUGCACCGCCGAGUGGCACCUCCCCUGGGGAGCCUGUCGAGAGCCCUUGCCAGCCCUUCCCCAAGAAGCGUCGCUCGUCCUCGCCGAUGCGCAGUGCUGCGCGUCUUGCGCACCAGAGCAUCCUCGAGCAGGAGGCCGCCCUCGACUCGUCGCCCGCGCCGUCGUCCCCCAUGGUGCACAAACUCAACCGCAUGCCGAGCGCCCAGAUCCUCAGGAAGCCUAUGUUGGGUGGCCUUGGCGCACCCCUCGAGCUGAACACCAACAAGAAGCGGCCGAGGCGCCCCGCCCUCAGCGCGAUGAUCUCGCCUGGCGACGGCACCGUCGCGGGCCCUCGUUCGGCAGUCCCGUUGGGAGAGAAGGAGAGCGAUGGACCUGCGCCCAGCCUGCCGAGGCACGUCCUCCCGCCUGUCCGCCGCGCGUUCUCGGCGAUGCUCCCCCCGUCGAUGAUGGAGCAGUCGAUGUCCUCCGAGGACGGCCAGUCGUUCGACAGCUCUGCCGACAUGAGCUCCCCUGCGCAGGCGUACGCGAAGCGCCAGCAGGUCAAGACCAUCCGUCGUUGCGAUGGCACGGAGGACUUCCGCUCGAACACGGGUGCGACGUCGAUGGUGCGUCGCGACACCGAGGUCAUGAUGAAAGGCCUCAGAAGGACUGAGGCCCGCGAGGACCGGGUGGUGCAUGAACCCGCUGAGAGGGAUACGCCACGCAGCAAGUACUUGAAUGGCCUGAGUGGCUUUGGAGACAAUGAAACGCACGGGAAGAUUCUGCCCUGCCACCGCGUCCGGGAGGACGGGUUGAUGCGCAUUACUAGUAAGACGAUGAAUGAUCUUCUCGAUGGUAAAUACGACCCGCGACUGACCACUUACCACAUAAUCGACUGCCGCUUCGACUACGAAUACAACGGCGGGCACAUUCCUGGUGCCGUCAACAUCAACACCACCGCGGGCGUCGAGGAGUUCCUGCUCGGCGCCGGUUCGACCCGGCCAAUCCCUUCCACUAGCGGCGACGAGGGCAAGAAGACGAUCCUUGUUUUCCACUGUGAGUUUAGUGUUAAGAGAGCGCCUACUUUUGCUAAGCAUCUUCGUUCCAAGGACCGCGCGUUGAACAACCAUGUCUACCCCAAGAUUCACUACCCUGAGGUGUACAUCCUCGAGGGCGGGUUUAGCCAGUACUACCAGGACUCGGCGCUUCGCUGCCAGCCGUGCGGCUACGUGAGGAUGGAUGACCCCCACUACGCUCAGUCCCGCAAGGAGGACCUAGACCAGUUCCGUAAGGGCAAGUUCGGAAGGACCAAGUCGUACGCGUUUGGCGAGGGCAAGACAGUCUCGGCUCUGUCCCAGCAGUCGAAGAGGAACACCGCGCCCAGCGGCGGCCCGACCCACAUGUUUGCUGCCGCGAACGCGGCGCGUGGUCGCCGCGGAGGCAUGGGCAACUCCGCCUUGCAGAUGCUCGCUGAGGGCGGAAGCCAGGACCACGAGAGCGACGGUGACGACACCGACAUUGGUGACAGCCCCUGCCCGCCUCCGACCAAGACGGUCACGUACAAGACCAAGAAGGUCGGUCGGCUCGGGAGGACCGAGACCUACGACGGCGUCGUCCGCAUCCCUGUGGCCUACUGA